AUGGCAUCUGAGAACGAAACUCCCGUCAAGAAAGCCAAAUCCGGCACAUGGGAUAACAUCGAUGUGUUCCGCGAGUUGUCGAUUGUUUUCUACAAUCGUCUCGACAACGGUGGCGGCCUUACUCCCGAGUUCAAGGAGGCUGUUGCUGCCUAUCUCGGCGGGCGCGGCCACGAUGUGAGCUGGAACGCUCUGCGAACAUUUCCCAAGAUGUCUCGUGUCUUGACCAAGUGGGAUGAGAAGACUCAUGAGGAUAUCCUCAUCGAGGUCUUCCAUUCGAUCACAAUUCCUCAGUCUGAUCUCACAAAGAUCAUGGAAGGUCUUCACGCCAAGGGACAUACCUUUUCCGAGUCUGCACUACGGUAA